ACGUCCGAUGGCGUAGAACGUUUCUCGCCCUUACCGCGGGUGGUGGCGUCCGGCUGUGACAGCUACUUCCCGCUCGCCGAAGGAUUGGAUUGGCUAGGCCAGCGCAGGCUCGCCGUCCGAUUGGAGCGCGUCAAGUUCCGGAAGGCGAGGCGGUGAAGCUUCCACAUGCUCGGGCUCGGAAAUUGCCAUGGCGGCGGUACCUCUGCGGGAUCGGCUGAGCUUCUUGAGCCGGCUACCCAUUCUAAUCAAAGGUACCUCAGAUGAUGAAGUCCCAUGCCCAGGGUAUCUGUUUGAAGAGAUGGCUAAGAUCUCACAUGAGUCAGCAGGAAGCAGUCACUGCCUUCUUGAGUACCUCCUCAAUCGCCUUCAGAGCAACUCGUGUAAUGUCAAGUUGAAGGUGCUCAAGAUCCUGCUCCACAUGUGCAGCCAUGGCUCUUCAUAUUUCCUUCUGCAGCUGAAGCGGAAUGCUUCCUUCAUCCAGGAGGCCACUGUGUUUGCAGGGCCUCCUGAUCCUCUCCAUGGCAACAGCUUGUAUCAGAAGGUGCGGGUGACUGCACAGGACCUGGCAAGCGCUUUGUUUUCAGAUGUGUUGCUACCCCAGCCUGUUGCUAUUCCACCUAAAGAGCUGCCUUCAACAGGAAUGGGCUCCAGGCCCAGCCCCCAUGGCUCACUCCAAGGCUUUGGUUUUGAAAGAAGUGGCUCCGCAUCCACUGGCAAGGUUCUGCUGGCCACCAUCCAGAAGGCAGCGGAGGUGGUUGCCAAUGCCAUGCUCCCUGGUCAGGAGCUCCCUUGUCCCCAUGGUAGGGAGCUGAAGGAUGAUGCCUACGAGCCAGUGACAGCACCUUUUCCAGGCAAAAGCUCUGUCUUGCCUACAAAGCCACCUUCUGUCAUUGUCCAUAAGAAGCGAGUGACCCAUCAGCCAGGGCUAGCAGGAGGUGGCUGGGAGGAGCUGGACAGUGGGCAAAGCUCCCAGAAUUCCUUGCAGGAGAACAGUGAGCUGAGUAGGACAUCGGAUUCCUACAGUAAGUCGGGCAGCGACAACCACUCAGGUGCUCUGGAGCCAGGGAGCAUUGCUGAAAGGACAGAUGCUGAGAACCUUGGGGACUGCCUGCAGGAAGUGAGCCUCGUCAGCAAACUCACCAGAGGCUCCAAGGUGUUCCUGACACGCGAGGAGACCCAGCAUUUUAUCAAGGAGUGUGGGCUGCUGAACUGCGAAGUGGUCUUGGCUAUCCUCAACCGAACCCUGAAGGACCCCAGCGAGUGUGUUUGCAUGAGAGCCAUGUGUGCCAUCUAUUCCCUCAUGUGCUCCGACUUGCUCUCCCAUGAUCAGAUAUUGGCCAUUACCCAGCAGCACUUGCAAGAGCUCAGUCAAGAGAGCCCUGGGCCUGUAGCCAACAAAGCAACAAAGAUCUUGCGUCAAUUUGAAGCACUCAGCAGGAGCCAUCCCACUUCCAAGACCUCUUCUCCGGUUCCCGGCCACUGUGCCCCUGCCAGGGCCACACCCAAGCGUCCUGAUGACUUACUGGCGGAUACAAUGCCAUUUGCAGAAGAGGCUAUCCUCAAACCCCUGAGUCUCGUGCCACAGCCCUCCCAAGUACCUGAAGUCCUCACCAGGGCUGUGCAUCCAUCAGAAGGGCAGAUGCUGGAACCUGGGUCCUCUGGCCAACUUGGAAUUAGCCAACCACCUGAGCUUGGCCAGCGAGGGCCAGAAUGCCGACUCCCAAACCCUGAACCCCAAGAGGACAGGCCUCCAAGAGGUGAUCCAGAUGGCACAGUUUCCUUGUUUGCCGGCAUGGAGCUGGUCGCACCCUCAAGCAUGAUAUUAGCAGAUGCUCUGGAGCAGGAAUGUAUACCUCCAGCUCCCUGGACAGCACCUUGCACUGGGAGCACCAGAGCCACUGAGGAUAACCAGGGACCGUCUGCUUUCUCCUUCCUCAAUGCAUAGCAGUUCCCUUUGGGCUAUGGGACAGCUUGAGAUAGCACCAAAUGGAUGCGUUUUUCUAGCUCUCUCUGAACUGUUACACACCUGCCUAUAGCCAGAGGAUGCUAUUCUCUUAUGCUGCUGUUCUUCAUUCCCGAAAGAGGGGAAGAGGCAACAUCCAUCGCUACACCUCUUAUUUCUGCUGGGUCAUUGCAAGCAUGAAAGGAAGACAUGAAUGAUCAACACUGCCUUUUUAAUUUCAUUGUUUUCAGUGUUUCUUAUUGAACAACAAAAGCACAAUCCAACACCCACAAUAUAGUCUGUUUUCAUAUACCUGGUUGCUACAGAAGUGACAGAAAUACCCCCUUUACUCUUCCCUUUUCAAUUUAAAAUCCGUUUCCACUUUUAUGUUGUUGUUUUUCUACGUCCUCUGCUUGUUACCUUGGGAUUCUGACCAUAAGAAAUGAGGCAGCCUUAAAGAACACUGGCAAACACUAAGGCGCUUCUGAUUCUGUCGUGCCAAUAACUGAAGGAGAGCUAAUGGUGAGGUCAUUUUCAUAGUCAACAACUGCUGCAGCUAUUAGUAGAUAUGUUUCUCAAGUCAUCAUCUACACUCAGAAUGAUUUUGGUGUGGUUUUUUUAAGGAGCCCUGGGCAAACUAUUGACAGACACUUAAAAAUUGAAUGGGGGGGAGGGAGAGAUAUGAUAAUAUGGUUUUAGGUGUUUUCACCAAAGUUAAAUAGAACCUCCCCAUGUUCUAUGCACUCCCAUCUGCUCCAGAGCAUUGGGGGAAUCACAGGACAGGUUUGGAUAGCAUGGGGUCAGGGAGAGGGAGGUGCAGUUGUAUAGUGCAAGCAGAAGUCCUUGCAUGAACAGGACAAUUUUGUUGGAUGCAACCCACAGCGGCUGGUGACGUCACAGGGAUCUUCCAAUAGGUCCCCACAACAUUAAUGCAACCACCUUUCUCACAGGAAAAUGCAUUGUGAUGAAUUUUCCUGCCAAGUUAACAAUUACUUUUCCAGCAACUCCCUUUGAGAAACAGUGGCUUCCUGAUAACAGGGGUUCUAGCUGGGGUUUCACCAUGUCAGUGGGUUACUGAUGUUUGCAGUCCGCCCUGUCUAGAAUUGGCUUAUAUGAAGAAUGCCAUACCUUACACUUGCCCCUUACAAAAAAAGAAAAAAGUUGAAACUCUAGAGACCAGGAUUAACCUUAGUCAGGUUCUUUAAAAUGUACACGAAACAAAACACAUUCUCCAGAUCUGCAGUUUCCAUUAGUAACUGAGGAUCAUUUUACAGUACAAGAUGUUUUAAAACAUCUCCCUCUGUGAGCUACUGGUCAAGGACAGGCUCAAUAUUUGCGGCAAAGGAGAAAUAAUCUAAAACUAGAAAAAUACUUCCGAGAUCUUCAUUAUUAUAUGGCACGACUUUCUGUUUCCCUUUGGUCAGUAAUUGACCCAGUACCUUAACUAGGCAGCCUGGCUUCUGUUCUUGCCAUGUUUAGCCCCCUUGCUUAACUUUAUCUACCACUAGCUGUCUGCCUUCCCCUUUACUUUGUACUCAGUUGCCCUUUUUCAAAUAUGCAUAUAUAUAUUUAUAUCCCUUGCAAAUGGGCUGGCAUGGGCGAGAAGAGGGCUUGCUUUACUGUUGUUUACUGGCUACGCACAAAAUAACUAAAAGCUGUACCAUUACAGUCAAAAUGC